UGAAACAAAUUUAAACCCACAGCAAGCCUGUGUUACUGUUGCUAACCCUGCCGGUUGCUUCCGGGCAUGGUGUUACCGCGGCGUCUCCACUGAUAUUGGUGUCUGCAACUGGAUAAGUGUCUAGUAAUCUAUACCACUCAUGCAAGUUUGGAAUGUCUUAUACGACCCGCUCGAAUUCCCCGAUUCCCUUUAUCAUACCGCAUUGCCCCUAGUGGAUCAGACAGCGCAGAGCAAGAUCACAAAGUUUUAUCGCCGCGAAGAUGCUUGUCGAUCGCUCAUUGGCAAUCUUCUUCCCAGAGUUUUGCUCCAGAAGCGUGGCGUGGACAAAGAUGACAUGACUUUUGCAACCACUGAUACGGGGAAGCCAUACUGUACAACUCCUGGAGUAGAUCCUCCAUUGGCUUUCAAUGUUACUCAUGAUGAAGGCGUCAUCGCCAUGGCGUUUGGAACGGGCGACUUGGGACCUCCGGCAUUCAACAUAGGAGUUGAUGUCAUGAAACUCAAAAUUCCUCCGCGGACUACUUUUACUGAAUUCGUUGACAUCGUCGACAGUCAGCUCACGACUCGAGAAAAGAAUUUAAUUCUUGCUGAUGUCACUGAGGAAGAGGCGAUUCGCAGGUUUUACUGCAUAUGGACCUUGAAAGAGGCUUAUACCAAGGCUCUCGGGAUUGGCCUCGGCUUUGAUUUCAGAAGGAUAGAAUAUGAUGUUGUGGAGGAGAAAGUGUCCGUCGAUGGAGAACCUGUGAGAGGAUGGCAGUUCUUGAAAUUUGAACUGCCACAAUGUGGACAUAAUUAUGUCGGCUUCGCCGCAAAGUUCGUUGGAGGGCGGGGAACAAGCAUAUCAGAACUGAGUGAAGGGUGUCUCGUUUGCUAUGAUGCUGUAUCAUUUGUUAACCGUGCGAUCGAAGAAAUGAGCUAGACAACUAGACAUCUGUAUCAUAUUAGGGAUGUACUGGGAAUAAAUGCUAUGUGUUAGACUACUACGUAAAUUGACUU